AUGUCAUUAUCUAUAGAGAGUCUACUAGAGGAAAACCAACUUGAAUUGGAAUCCAUAGAUACUGAAUUAAACAAUUCAUUCAUUACUAUUUCCAAACAUUCAUUAUUAGCAGAUAAACAAUUAGUUCAAAACUUUAUGAAUAAAGUUGAUCAUGAAAAUAGUACUAGUAUUCCUGUCAGUUUAUCCCAAUUGAAUCAACAAUAUGAAGAGAUAGAAUCCAACUUACAUGAUUUACAUCAACUUCAAUUCCAUUAUAAUCAAUAUCAAGAUAUAAAUUCAUUGAUUUUGAAAAGUUCCCAAUUGAAUAUUCUUGAUUUCCAUCAUUUAUUCACAUUAUUCGAUAAAUAUCAUAAACAACCCCAACCAUCAGAAGAAGAUGUCAUACUUAUCUAUAAAGUGAUUCAUAAAUCGAUCGAUCAAUUGUAUGAGAGGUUUGUUCAAAUUUUAAAUGAUUAUUUAUUAUCAUUUAUACCGAAUGAAUUUAAUAUUGAGAAUAUUAAUGGAUUACAUGAAUUUAAUAAAUUGUUGGUGAAUAAUCAUAUUAAAUUAGAUAAUUAUACCACAUAUAGGAAUAAAUGGGAUCAAUUGAUUGAAAGUGUAUUAUCCCUGAAAUCAAAUCAUGAAGUUGAAUUAAUUGAUGAGAAUCUAGAUAUAGAUUUCAUAUCGAUCAAAGUAACAUCAGGAUCAUCAUCAGGUAACUUUAUCAAAUCAAUUUCAAAUGUGAUGACGUUUAUAAAUUAUAUCAAUAAUGAAUCCAUCAAACAAUAUCUUAAUUCUAAAAUCAAUAAAUUAUUAAUCAACAAAAUAGCGAUAAACAUCAAUAAUAUCGUUAAUGAUGAGAUGUUAUUGUCAGGUUUGAAUGAAUUAAUUGCAUUGAAUAAAAGUUCAUCGGGUUGGAAUAUCUUUAUAGGAGCAUUCAAUGAUCCUCAAGCUAAUCUUCAACAGAAUUUAACUAAGUUGUAUAAUGAUUGGUUGAUUGAUCAAUAUAUAGAUAAAUUAAGACAUGUAUUUAAAGAUCAUCAUUUAAUAAGUCUGUUGGAGAGUGUCCCUGAAAGUGGAAGUGAACCUACCACAAGUAGUACUAAAACUGAUGAUGAUGGAUGGAACGAUGAUGGCUGGAAUAAUGAUGAUGAUGAUGAUGGAUGGGACGAUGAAGAUGUGUUAAAAGAUGAACCUAAGGAGGAGAGUACUAAUACUUUUAAAAUAUCAAAGUUAAGUCAACAAGUGAUUCAAUUGAUUAAACAAUUUCAAAAUGAUUCUUCAAAUUCAGAUAUAAAAUAUUUAAUCACUACGAUUAAAUCAUUAUCAUUAAUCAAAUAUCAAUCAAUUGAUAAAUCAUUAUUAAUCUAUAAUGAUUUGAAAUAUAUUAGUCAACAAUUAAACUCAACUGAAUUAGAUUCAUUCAUUGAAUCAGUAUGGAAUAAGAAUUUAUUAGAUAUCUAUGAACGAUUAAGAUUAUUAUUACUUUCAUUGAUUUUAGGGACAGGAGGUGAUUUAGAACUUGAACCAAUACAAGAUGAAGGUGAACUUGAUGAUGAAAGUCUUCAAAAAUUAAGUUCAAUCUAUGGAAUUUUCAAUAAUCAUUUCAAUGAUAGUGAUUAUCAACAUAUAAACCCAAUCAAGACUGAUUCAUUAAUGAUUGAGAUUAUUCAAUUCAUCAAUGAUUAUUUAAUCUUGAUGGUGUUGUCCUUAGAAGAUAUUGGAGAAUUUCAAUCGAUUAAAAUCAGUCAUAUUAUUGAUUCGAUUAAUAAUAUUACCAUCCCAUUUUUAAAACCGUCUCAAAAGGAUGAGAUUAAAUCAUAUAAUCGAUUACAAAAUUUCAAAUUCCUUAUUAAGAAUCAUUUAAAGGAUAUCCUUGAUCGAUUUAAUGAAGGUGAAUUCUUUGAUUUAUCAACUGAUGAAUUAAUCAUUAUGAUAAAGAAAUUAUUCAUGCAAAGUAAAUUAAGAGAUGAUUGUAUUAAUGAGAUCAUUGAAUUCAGAAAUCUUACAUAG